AUGUUCCAACCACAAGCGACUCCUAUAUUCACCACGUAUGGCGUGAACGCGAAUGUGAAUGCGCAUGCGCAGCCGCCGAACCUUGGUGUUGUUGGUGUUGACAUCGCUCCCACGGCUUCUAGCGAUCGCUUCGUCCCCAUCGCGACCAACGCUUCAAACCACCAGCACCAUUACCACCCGCACAACUACCAGAAGAUGGAUAACGACAUCGCAGCCCAGGAGGCACUGGCACGGGAAUACAACCCGGUGCUCGAGGUACUGCGCAAGCAGGGCCAGUUGGUGGGGGAAAAGAAGAGCAGCCUCGCCAUCACGGCGGAGUAUGCAAAGGCAGACCCCAUCUACGUCGCAAAGACGACGGUCUUGCCGCAAAAGUACUCGCAUUAUCGGCCAGUUUUGGGGGAUGGCAACUGUGGAUGGCGGGCUGCCGGCUACUCCUACUUCGAAACCCUCCUCCGACUGCAGGACCGCAACCGGUUCGAGGAGGAAAUCGCCCGCAUGAUCUCCCUUAACAAUCUCCUCACAACCGCCGGGGGCUUUGCGUCAUGGCUGUUCGAAGAUAUGGUGGAGCAGACGACGGAUCUUCUCCGGGACAUGGCGGAGUUAGUGGAGUCGUCGCCGCAAGACGCGGGGGAAUUGCUGCGCCAGCGAUUCAACGACGCGAGCAUCUCGAACUCCAUGAUCUACCACCUCAGACUCCUGGCAAGCUCCUGGUUCAAGGCCAACGUCAGUCUCUACGAGGGCUUCAUACCGGAUAACCAUGGGGUGGAAGGCUACCCGAAGAAUAUCCUCGAGCCAGUCGACACCGAGAUUGACCACCUGGGCAUGACACUCCUUAUCGACGUGCUGUUGAAGCCCAUUGGUGUCUCGGUGGAAAUCGUCUACCUCGACCGGAGUCCAGGCUCGCAAGCAAACACCCAUCUCUUCCAAUCGCUGGAUGCCAAUGGGAAUGCGACGAACCCCCACGGCCCCAUGAUUCACCUCCUCUUCCGGCCUAACCACUACGACAUCCUCUACAAAGACCAAGGCUCGACCACCAUACCAGCCGUUCAGGAGGCCAUGCGAAACCAUACAAACAUCCAAGUCAACAGAGCGACCAACUUCAGUCAACACCAGCCCUUCCAAAGCACACCUGCCUCCUCAAUGGGUGGCUACUCUCAGAUGGACCAAAUGUCACUGCUCUCAUGUAUACCUGGCUUCUCCUUGGCACCUCAACCAUCGCAUCACGGCUUCCCCUCUCAACUCUCUUCACGAAUCGACCACUAUCCCCCCUCCUCCUCUCCGAUAUCCGCCUCCAUGUCGCCCAUCUCCCCGGCCGCCUCGUUGGCCGCCGCAACAUCCUCCAACGCGCUCCCGACUUCUUUCCCCGUGCAACCGCAACCACCUCCCCCAACCACCUCGCUGAGCACACCACAAGCACCCCUCGCCUCGCCACACCCACACCUGGCCUUCCCCAACACCACAACUCAACUCCCAAUCCUUACGCACCUCCCGCCGUCGCUGCCACAGCGCCGCUCCAUCUCCUCGCAUCCCGCUGCAAUGACCAGUUUCCGCCCAAGCAAAUACGAGCUGGAGUCGGCGGCCGACUGGGAAGAAGGGCCGGUUGUGUUCCAGACGUCGACGUUCAAGAACAGCCACUACAAUACGGCGCAUUACAACAACCCGAAUUUCCAGCCCGAGGAAUGGACGCCCGAAUGCGAAGAGGCCCUGCAAGAGCAUGAGCGUAGGGGGAGGGCAAAGAAAGAUCUGAGGCUCUACAACGACGUGGUAUGA